CGUCUCGGCCCCUCGCGCUCCUCGCGUGCACCUCGGCAUCUCUCGGCGCUGGGCGGCGGGCGUGGGCUCGCUUGGCUGUCUCUUCCUAUUCGGCGAGGUCGGCGCUCCCCAGGCUCCGCGGGCGCCGGUCGUUCGCCACCUCCGCACGGGGCGCCGUGAUGGGGAACCCAGGCCCCGGCGCCGUUGACGCCGACGUCGGGAUGGACGCCGUCCAACGGCGGCUCAUGUUUGAGGACGAGUGCAUUUUAGUGGAUGAACAAGACAAUGUCAUCGGCCAUGAGUCCAAGUAUAACUGCCAUCUCAUGGAGAAGAUAGAAGCUGGAAAUGUCCUGCACAGAGCUUUCAGUGUUUUCCUUUUCAACUCCAAAUAUGAAUUGCUACUACAGCAAAGGUCUGCAACAAAAGUGACAUUUCCACUUGUCUGGACAAACACCUGCUGUAGCCAUCCUCUCUACCGCGAGUCAGAGUUGAUUGAGGAAAAUUGUGCAGGGGUGAGAAAUGCAGCCCAACGCAAACUAUUUGAUGAACUGGGAAUAGUUGCUGACGAAUUACCUGUUGACCAGUUCAUCCUCCUUGGGAGGAUGCUUUACAUGGCUCCUUCAGAUGGAAAAUGGGGCGAACACGAGUUGGAUUACCUCCUGUUCAUGGUUCGUGACGUGAAGCUCAACCCGAAUCCUGAAGAGGUGGCCGACGUCAAGUACGUGAACCGCGAUCAGCUGAAGGAGCUGCUCAGGAAAGCUGAUGCUGGGGAAGAUGGCGUUAAGAUGUCCCCUUGGUUCAGGCUGGUGGUGGACAACUUCCUCAUGGGCUGGUGGGAUCAUGUCGAGCAAGGGACUCUGCAGGGGGCAGCGGACAUGAAAACCAUCCAUAAGUUGUAAGCCUGUAGUCUUGUAGAUCCGCGAAGCACGUGCUGUGCUCCGUUGAGAAAUAAGCGUUUCUGCAGGUGUUUGCGCUGCCUUUGUUUUAGCCAUCAUUCUGAUGGAAAUAGUCGAUAAAGUCAUAAUAGAGUGUUCUUAAAUAGGGAACAGAACUAUUUAUAUUGAAACCCGUCUAUGAUGUGUAAAUUUCUACCGAAUGAAUGGAAUUAUGG